CGAUCGAACUCAGCGAAUUCAGUACAUACCAAUGGUUCUCAAAGCGGACAUCUCCUGGGUCGCUUACGUGCCACCUGUUUGCGAAUCAACCGUUACGAGGUGCUUCUCGUAGUCGGAACAUUUAUCAUCUAUUUCGCCGUGGUUGGGAAUGAGCGUGUAUUUGGUAAAUUCAUGUUCACCUACGCGUUGUACGGCCCAAUUGGGAUGAGUACCGGACAGGGUUAUCUGCUUCAUUUAAUCUAUUGGAUCUUUUUCGGCCUGGCUCGCGUGUUAUCGUGCAUGCUGGCUCUAGUGAUCCCCGCACGAUUGAUGCUUGGUCUGUUGGCUGUGGGCACUCUGAUUGCUUCGGCCAGCCUGAUCCUCAUUCCGCCGACGGCCGCUUGGUUUUUCGCGUUCACCUGUCUAUUCAGCCUGUGCAAAAGUCCCCUGUUCCCGGCCACUCUGGCUGCGAUCAAUCUGUCUCACGAGGUCACUGGCUUGUUGGUUCUGGUGGUCAAUUUGGGCAGUGCCGGUGGAGCCAGUCUGCUCCAAUACACCGCCGGAGCUCUAAUUCAACGAUACGGUCAGUUUGUAUUCCCCUAUCUGGUCUGUGCUAGUGCGUGUGUUGUUCUACUCACCGCGACCGCAUUGAUUUUUGUGCUACGGGUGAUGGGCAAUCGNAAAACGCAUCGACGGAUAAAAGCGACCAAGUACUUGACCGCUUUGUUGAAACAGGCGAUACGGAAGAAAUUCAGGUCUAUCAUAGUUCACUUUCGUCCAAGAUGA